AUGUACGACGUGUUCUUGAUUCUCCGAACUAGAUACCAAUCAAUAACCUCUCUUCAAUUCUCUCUAAGAGUUUCAGCGGUCAAAACAUUCAUCGACGAGAAUGAAGAGAUCACCCCUACCCUGUUAGAAGCCAUCGAUCGGUCAAAGAUUGUGAUCGUUGUUUUCACUAGAUACUUCUGUGAUUCCCCAGAUUUUCUGUGCAAACUGCAAAAAAUAAAGGAGUGUCAUAUGAAUAAAGGCAAAACGGUGUUGGGUGUAUACUGUGGUUUGAGUCCGUUGGAAGCGCGUGCACAGAGUGGCAGAUUUGCAUACGGUUUUCCAACCCACAAAGCACUGGCUAGCACGGGAGGUUUUCAUUGGGGGGCACCGUUGUUUGGCUGGAAGGUCUCAACUUCCGGUGACAUCAACAUGAUAAGAAAAAUCACUCAAUACGUUAAGAAGGAAUUAGACAAGACUUACUUAGAUAUCCCACAAUGUCUCCCGGGGAUACAACUUCGUAUUAAUGAAGUGCUUCAUUUGGCCAAAUACUAUUCAAAAGAUAUCAUUCCUUUAGAAGAGAAGAUGAUCAUAGUAGGCGUAUGGGGAAUUGGAGGAAUUGAUUAA